AGAGGCUGCAGGCAGGGCCAGGAGCUGCAGGAGGGGCUGCAGGCAGGGUCAGGGGUGGCCGUAUGGCUGCAGGAGAGGCUGCAGGAAGGGUCAGAAGCUGCAGAGGGAGCUGCAGGCAGGCUCAGAAGCUGCAGCAGAGCCGCAGGGCUGCAGGAGGAGCAGCAGGAGAGGCCGCAGGAGGGUCAGGAGCUGCUGCAGAGCUGCAGGGCUGCAGGAGGAGCUGCAGGAGAGGCUGCAGGCAGCGUCAGGAGCUGCAGGAGGAGCUGCAGGAGGGGUCAGAAGCAGCAGCAGAGCCGCAGGGCUGCAGGAGGAGCAGCAGGAGAGGCUGCAGGCAGCGUCAGGAGCUGCAGGAGGAGCUGCAGGAGGGGUCAGAAGCUGCAGGAGGAGCUGCAGGAGGGGUCAGAAGCAGCAGCAGAGCCGCAGGGCUGCAGGAGGAGCAGCAGGAGAGGCUGCAGGCAGCAUCAGGAGCUGCAGGAGGAGCUGCAGGAGGGGUCAGAAGCUGCAGGAGGGGCUGCAGGCAGGAUCGGGAGCUGCUGCAGAGCUGCAGGGCUGCAGGAGGGGCUGCAGGCAGGGUCAGAAGCUGCAGAAGGGGCUGCAGGGCUGCAGAAGGAGCAGCAGGAAGGGCUGCAGGAGGGUCAGGAGCUGCUGCAGAGCUGCAUGGCUGCAAGAGGAGCAGCAGAAGGGGCUGCAGGCAGGGCCAGGAGCUGCAGGAAGGGCUGCAGACAGGGUCAGGAGCUGCAGCAGAGCCGCAUGGCUGCAAGAGAAGCAGCAGGAGAGGCUGCAGGCAGCAUCAGGAGCUGCAGGAGGAGCUGCAGGAGGGGUCAGAAGCUGCAGAGGGAGCUGCAGGCAGGGUCAGGAGCUGCUGCAGAGCUGCAGGAGAGGCUGCAGGCAGGGCCAGGAGCUGCAGGAGGAGCUGCAGGCAGGGUCAGAAGCUGCAGCAGAGCCCCAGGGCUGCAAGAGAAGCAGCAGGAGGGGCUGCAGGCAAGGUCAGGAGGUGCUGCAGGACUGCAUGGCUGCAGGAAGGGCUCCAGGCAGGGUCAGGAGCUGCUGCAGAGCUGCAGGAGGGGCUGCAGGCAGGAUCAGGAGCUGCAGGAGGGGCUGCAGGCAGGCUCAGAAGCUGCAGCAGAGCUGCAUGGCUGCAGGAGGGGCUGCAGGAUGGGCUGCAGGCAGGGCCAGGAGCUGCAGGAAGGAGCUGCAGGGCUGCAGGAGAGGCUGCAGGAAGGGUCAGAAGCUGCAGAAGGGGCUGCAGGCAGGGCCAGGAGCUGCAGCAGAGCCGCAGGGCUGCAAGAGAAGCAGCAGGAGGGGCUGCAGGAGGGCCAGGAGCUGCAGGAGGGGCUGCAAGAGGGGCUACAGGCAGGGCCAGGAGCUGCAGGAAGGGCUGCAGGAGGGUCAGGAGGGGCUGCAGAGCUGCAUGCAUCCCUAUUUUCCCCCCCCCCCCCCUAAAUCCACAUCGCAUCUCCCUGACGCCGCCUCUCCGGGCCGCGGCCUUAGGCUACCUGGGCGACCUCCUGACUCCGUCGCCGUUACCCAUCACCGCCGCCACCGCCUCCUCUUCCUCUUCUUCUUCAUCACUUCACGUCCCAUCCCCUCCAUCCCUUUACCCCGUCCGCAACGCCGCGGAAUUACCGGAUAGCCCGGAGUCCUCGUCCUCGUCCUCGUCAUCAUCGGGCGUGGGUUACAUCAACGGCGACGCGGCCGUCAGCGAAGGUUACGCCGCCGACUCCUUCUUCAUCACCGACGGGCGUUCGCGGCGCAGAGCUUCGUCGCUGCAGCAGCAGCAGCAACGCAACCCGCAGCGCCACAGCUGCGGCGAGUGCGGCAAGAGCUACGCCACCUCGUCCAACCUGAGCCGCCACAAGCAAACCCACCGCUCGCUGGACAGCCAAAUGGCCAAGAAGUGCCCGACGUGCGGCAAAGUCUACGUCUCCAUGCCGGCCAUGGCCAUGCACCUCUUGACGCACGACCUGAAGCACAAAUGCGACGUCUGCGGCAAAGCCUUCAGCCGCCCUUGGCUGCUGCAGGGCCACAUGCGGUCGCACACGGGCGAGAAGCCCUUCGGCUGCGCCCACUGCGGCAAAGCCUUCGCCGACCGCUCCAACCUCCGCGCCCACAUGCAGACGCACUCGGCCGCCAAGCACUUCCGCUGCAAGCGCUGCAGCAAGAGCUUCGCCCUCAAGUCGUACCUCAACAAGCACUACGAGUCCGCCUGCUUCAAGGGCGGCGGCGGCGGCGAACGCGGCGUGGCUUCGCCGUUACGAGCGUGAAGACGGGGGAAAAAACACCCCAAAAAAGGAAAAAACGACUGAAAAAUAGCCCUUUUUCCGUGGGUUGCGCCGCGAAAAAAUAGGAGAAGAUCCUCUAUUCCGUUGGGUUUUAACCAAAAAAGAAGAGGAUCCUCUUUUUCGUUGGGU